UUACUGUGCCGGUUGGAGGUGAGUUGGAGGUGAGUUACUGCAGGUGACGACGCCGCAUGUGCUCAUCUGGUUUUAUUCUGCGAUGCUUUUGACUUGGUUUGUCUGUCUUGCAAUGUCGAGGUGGGCAUUGCCGGAUUGGGGUUGGAAAUGGAAGGUCAACUUGCUGUCCCAAUUUACUAUGAACUUCAGGGUUUACUUGAUGAGGCUUCUGGGUGCAAGGAAAGACUCAAAGAUCCUGAUGAGGAUUUAUCAUUAACUGUGAAGGGUAUAAAGAAGUACAAGAAGAACUAAACCUUCAUUAAUGCUUCUGUUACGCACUAUACUGCACUUAUCUUGGAUUCUCGGGUCAAAGGUAAUCUACUUCUGGAGGAGCUGGAUGAUGAAGAUACUGAGAGAAGAAUUCUUCAACCUCUCUGUGACAGCCUUCGCCGUGGUUACUCAGUCUCAGUCAAUAUUGUGGGAUCCGCGAGAUCCCGAACUUCUUGGCCGCCUCUUCUGCACAAGCUUACCUACAGCUCAAUCUCUGCUGGAGCGCAGUACCAAGUGCAAUGAUGUGGAGUCCCGGCUACUAAACAGGUUACAACCACGAAAUCAAGCGCUGCUUUUUGGUAUUGAUCGCUAUUUUGAUAGCCCUCGGGUCAAUAUAAAUGAUAUGAAAGAUCAAAAUUGGUUAUGCAAUUGGUGGCAGAUAAACAAAGGUGAAUAUCCCCAGAUGGCUGCCGCUACUGGAGACUAUCUAGCGAUUCCUGCCUCUGAGGUCCAGUAGAAAGGCUAUUCGAUGCAGGAAAGAUAUAUAAGGACACUAAUUCAUAUACUUAGCUUUGGUGUUGGCGCAAUAAAUCUUGUGAAUCAAACAUUGG